UUUUUUAAAGAAACAGAAGAAUGAAUUUAACCAUUCGCAAAAAUGGCGACGAUUCAUAUACACAGCGGGAAAAACAAUUUAGAUUGUAAAAAUCGAACAAGUAAUAUUCAAAGUGUACCUUUUAAAGUCCAUGCCGACUGUGACGCUAAAGUUAACAAUUUUUUUAAUAAUUAUAUCAAAGCUGAUGAAAACGAACAAUUAACCUCUUCGUUUAGAGGAUAUCCUCUAAAAGGAAAACACGUAAACUUACCUGAUGGAUACUUUGGACUUGUUUUACAUGAAAGUAUUCGGCCCGAGACUGAGAAAUGCGAUAGAAAAUUAUAUGUUACUAAUAUGUUUUCACAGCUGACACAUUGGAAUUGGGAUAAACAGCCAAGCAAGAACGAUACCAUAGUCCAAGCUCUAGAUUGGAUUGACAUAGCGGAAGCACUUCACAGUCCCAUACUAGAAGAAUAACACUGAAUUUUCCAAAAAUUCCUUUUCUUCCAUCAUAGAUCAAAAGAAAAUGUGCCUUUUACUACAGAUACUUACACAACAAGUUACCAACACAAAAAUAAGGAGUUAGUGUAUUAUAUACAUAUUUUUUAAUUAUUCAAUAAUUGUUAAACACUCUGCAACUUGUUAUAAGUCUGGAUUUUUUGAAUUUUGUAUUUAGAUGUAAAAAAUAUUAACUUUUAUAGCGAAAUCAUGUUUUAAUAAUAAUAAUAUAUUUUAUAAUUUAAUAUCUAAUUAUUUAGUUUAUUAAUUAAAAUAAUAAGGCCCAAAAUUGGCUUGAAGUAAGUCCUUAUUUAAAAAUUUGUUGUGUAAAAAUGUAGUACCUAUCUAUUUCAUGUAAAAAUUGUUUGUUUAAUAAAAAUAAAACCAUUAA